CCUCCUCCUCCCCCCCCCCGCACCCUUAGCCCCACCACCACGAGGAGAAAAUUGGCAAAACAGCCCGCGCACCUCCCCCGCCGCAGAAUCAAACGGAACAAAGACGCGCAGCAGCGACGCAAGCGGAGCCCUCAAUCGGAUCCCUUCUCCUCUCUCCCCCGUUUCCCGCUUUGGGUAUUUUCCUCUCUAGCCAGGGCGUGGGAAGAGUGGGGCAGGAGGAGGCAGCCAAAUACAGCCCCGAUCCCGCCUCCAGUCUUUUGCUUCCUUUAAUAGGGGGGUCCCCUAGUCUCUCACCUCGGGGUCUCCCGCGCUUCUUGCCAGCCCCCCCCCCGCUCAGAGGCCCCUCCUUCUCUCCCUCCAAGUUCGCGCGGUGGUGCAUCGCCAAUGCCUGGGAUAGGGGCCGUGGGAGCUCGGUGCAGGCACCGCCCGAGGAGGCACCCCCACAAGGCCGAGGCGAGCGGCCCCCACGCCGCCUCCAGCUCCGGAGAGGCCGCCAUGGACGCGGCCAUCUGGAUCUACCAGUUCCGCCUGAUCGUGCUGGGCGACUCCACGGUGGGCAAAUCCUGCCUCGUGCACCGCUUCACCAAGGGCAGCUUCCCAGGACCGAUGGACUCGGAUCCUACCCUCGGGGUGGAUUACUUCUCCCGCCUGGUGGAGAUCGAGCCCGGCAAGAGGAUCAAGUUGCAGCUCUGGGACACGGCGGGGCAGGAGAGGUUCAGGGCAAUUACAAGCUCCUAUUACCGGAAUUCGGUAGGUGGCCUACUGGUGUUUGACAUCACGAAUCGGUCUUCUUUUGAACAUGUGUGUGAUUGGCUGGACGAAGCGAAAAUCCACGUGCUGCCCUUCCAGAUUGUGUUUAUCUUGGUAGGACACAAGUGUGAUUUGGAGUCACAGCGCCAGGUGACAAGAGAGGAAGCGGAAGAACUGGCAUCUGCCUGUGGGAUGAGAUACAUAGAAACUUCAGCCAAAGAGGCCACCAAUGUUGAAGAGUCAUUUACCCUCCUCACAAAAGACAUAUACGCACUUGUGAAGAAAGGAGAGAUACAGGAGGGAUGGGAAGGGGUGAAAAGCGGCUUUGUACCAAAUGUUGUACAUUCCUCAGAGGAGGCUUCCUUACUUGGGGGUCAAUGCCCUUGUUAAUCCACUUGCAUGCCAAAGAGCCUUAGUAUAACAGGGUGUUUGCAACAUAAGGCCAGUGCAUAUUAAAGGUUAUUAUAAAAUCAAGGGAGUGACAUAUGACUUUGGGGCUGCAUAUGGCUCCUAAGAUACAUGGGUGUGGCCCACAGGAUCCUAUUAAAAUCCUGAGGAUCACCAAAAAGCUGUAAAUAUUGUAUGGCAUACUAAAGGGCUGAAAAGAGACAGGAUGGUUGAGGUGGUGGGGAGGCCUGUUUUUCUGUUUUUGCCAUUUUUGGCAGUACAUAUGCCAAGAUUUUGUUACAGGCUGACUCAGGUUUAUUCACCCUAUGUUACUGAUUAUUUCAGACUAGAACUAUAGAUGUCGUUGUGAGAAAUGCAGCAUGUCCACCUGUAGUUUGCCAUCCAUGGUGUUCAUGAAAGUGGUAUGCAAAUUACAAUAAUUAUGUGCAGCAAAACAAAUAUGCAGUUCUGUAGUUAUCCCCUGGCUUCUCGUGUAUUUUCAUCUAGGUCCUCAAUGCUGACCAUAUUUCUUAAUGCCUACAUGAGAUCACCUGCUCUGUUUGUCAUAAUGGCCUAGCCAAGUCAUAGACUGGAAGCUAAGUAUUGUCUUGUACCUCCAUACGACAGAGAGCUUUAUUUUUUACAGCAUAGCAAUGUGACCGAUCUGCAGUAUAUGGCAGCAAAAGGAAUUGCUGCUAGAGAGCAAGAUUCCCACCACCACCACCACCACACAAAAAAGCUCUUGUAAUCAUUUUUAUUACUGAUAUGCUUUAUUACUGGUAUGCUUUUUAAAAAGACUUUACAUUUUGAAAAGAGAAGUUAAAAUAAAUCUGUGGAGUAUGUAUUGUAUUCUGAUGAACUCCC